AUGCCCCCUCCACCGCCGCCGCCACAACCCGUGAGCAACACACCAUCACCCGAGGCGGGGCACGACGGGACGGAGGUAGAAGGGAUCGUAAGCGCGGAGGACAAAAGGCGCAGGAAUACGGCUGCGUCUGCGCGGUUCCGUAUCAAGAAGAAGCAGUGGACAUUAAAUCUGGAGCGUACGAUCUCGGACCUGUCUGGGCGCGUCGAGGAGCUUGAACGCGAGGCGGCGGAGCUGCGCAGGGAGAAUGGGUGGUUGAAGGAGAUCGUUAUGUUGAAGAGCAAGCGGUUCGCGGGCGUCGUUCCCGACCUCGAGCCUCCGCCAUCCCCAUCGGCUGCGUCGGGGUCGGGCGCUGGGGAGGGCGGGACCAGCGGGCCGGAGGGGCAGGGACCGGGGAGUAGGUCGGAGUCGCGUCAGGGCAGCCGGGAGAGCUCAACGGAGCCGACGGGGAGGAGGCGAGUGGGGGAGAAGGGCAAAGGGAAAGCGCGGCAGCGGUCGCCGUGA